AUGUCUAACUCCGACGAACCACCGCUAAUAACAAACCAUCCGCCGUCAUUGUUUUCACUGCCAAAGGACAUCGUUCUAACCAUCUUAGGCUGCGUACCAAAACGGUAUUACCCAAUCCUCUGUUGCGUCUCCAAGAAGAUGAGGAGUCUUGUUCGCUCGCCUGCGAUAUUCAAGAACCGAUCUUCACAUCGAAAAGAUUCUCUUUACAUCUCCUUCAUCGACAAAACAAAACGACCGGAGACUUUUCACUGGUUCAGUCUCGGCAGGUGUAAGAACGAUACGUCUAAGAAUGACCUCGUCUCCAUCGAUGUCCCUUUGCUUCCUGAUCCUUGUCGUUACUCUUCUUCCGUCCUCGCCGUUGGUUCUGAGAUCUUCUUUAUAUCCGGAACUAAUACUCUCUCAUCAAGCGUUUCGAUCUUUGAUACCAAAUCAAGAAUUGUUCGUCAAGGACCGCAAAUGCUAGUGAGGCGAAGGUACAACUGCGUAGGCUUAGUCGGGAGUAAGAUCUAUGUGAUCGGAGGGUACAGAGGAAACGAGAUUCCCGCGGAAGUAUUUGACUUAAAGACGCAAACUUGGGAAGCAGCUCCAGUCCCUGAGGAAAGAGGUUGUUUCACAUGGAUCACUGCAGCGAAGGUUUCAGUAGACAAGAAGGUUUGUGCUUUAAGCUUUCGUCUAGGAGGCAUGACUUGUUACGAUACUAGAGAUGGUUCUUGUGAGAGAAUUGAGUUGCCUGAUGACAAAUGGUGGAAGACAGGAGUGUGUGUUAUAGACAAUGUGCUCUACGUUUACUUUUCAAGACUCGGUUUAAUGUGGUACGACACUAAGCUGAUGGUAUGGAGAGUGGUUAAUGGUCUUGAUCUUGGGAAAUCUGGAUGUGUUGCUAUGGGUGAAUACUAUGGGAAGUUGGCGUUUGUAUGGGAAGAACCAAGUCUUGUUAAUGGUGAAAGGAAAAAUAUUUGGUGUAGAUUGAUUGGUUUGCUUAGGAGUGACGAAGGUAUUGAUGGAAGUAUUGCAGAAGGCUCUCAAUUUCUGAGGACUGUUCCUAGCAGCUUUAAUUUGCAGCAUUGUCUUUCUCUUUCGGGUCAAAACACAAGAGCUAUGUACGUUGUUGAUACGUGA